AUGUAUCAACCACAGUACGGUGUACCUCAGCAGCCCAUGCACUAUGGCAUGCCCCAGAUCCAAGCUGCGGCGAUGGCUGCGACCGCCGCGGCAUCAGGCUCGAAUUACCCCUACAUGUCCUCGGACCCUGGUCUCCCGCAGCGGUCACCCACGAUGGGCGCAAACGCGAAAGGCGAUAAGCGUGGGCCAAGAUCACCGACGCAAUUAAAUACCGUCUCGCAGAUGGGCGGACAGCGCCAGAUGGGCCAGGUAGCAAGCCCUGGCGUUCCCGGACCGCAGGCGAUGAUGGCUCAUGCGAUGCAACACCCGCAAUCACCGGAAAUGGCGACGGGGCCGGUUGAGGAGUCUCCCCUCUACGUCAACGCGAAGCAGUUUCAUAGGAUCUUGAAGAGGCGUGUUGCGCGCCAGAAGCUCGAGGAACAACUGCGCUUGACCUCCAAGGGCCGCAAGCCCUAUCUCCACGAAUCUAGACAUAACCACGCUAUGCGUCGACCUAGAGGACCAGGUGGUCGGUUCCUGACCGCCGAUGAAGUUGCGGCGAUGGAAAGAGAAAAGAAGGACGGCCCCGGUGGCGAAUCGAAGGAGAACGAGCCCGGUGAUGGCAGCUCCAACGCGGCGGACUCGACAACGUCUCCAUCGAGCGGAUCAAAGCGCAAGUCGACGAUUAACACAAACUCGCCGAACAAGAAGUUGAAGACGGAUGCUCAGCAAGGGGGCGGCGGACAGGAAGCGUAA